GCCUUGAGUGUACCAGACAUUUACCAGACCUUGAGUGUACCAGACAUUCACAAGGCCUUGAGUGUACCAGACAUUUACCAGACCUUGAGUGUACCAGACAUUCACAAGGCCUUGAGUGUACCAGACAUUAAUAAGGACUUGAGUGUACCAGACAAUAAUAAGGACUUGAGUGUACCAGACAUUAAUAAGGACUUGAGUGUACCAGACAUUAAUAAGGCCUUGAGGGUACCAGACAUUAAUAAGGCCUUGAGUGUACCAGACAUUAUUAAGGCCUUAAGUGUACCAGACAUUAAUAAGGCCUUGAGUGUACCAGACAUUAUUAAGGCCUUGAGUGUACCAGACAUUUACCAGACCUUGAGUGUACCAGACAUUUACCAGGCCUUGAGUGUACCAGACAUUUACCAGGCCUUGAGUGUACCAGACAUUCACAAGGCCUUGAGUGUACCAGACAUUUACCAGGCCUUGAGUGUACGAAACAUUAAUAAGGUCUUGAGUGUACCAGACAUUCACAAGGCCUUGAGUGUACCAGACAUUAAUAAGGCCUUGAGUGUACCAGACAUUAAUAAGGCCUUGAGUGUACCAGACAUUAAUAAGGCCUUGAGUGUACCAGACAUUAAUAAGGCCUUGAGUGUACCAGACAUUAAUAAGGACUUGAGGGCAUGUCGGCGGUCCCUGGCAAGUGUCUAG